AUGGCGAUUUUCGGAGAUUCAUUGCGAUUUGACGUUUGCAGAUGUUCUGAAAUCAACGUUGAGCCUGUGAUAUUUCUUUUCUCAAUAACAUUCGCGCUCAUCCUGACAGUUCAACCGCUGUUUCUGUAUUGGGCAAGAUGUAUCGAGCUAUUUCAAGAUUCCAAAAAUUUUACCGAUGGCAACGAAACUUUUCAUAAUGUAUCCGAAUUAUGUGCUCAACUGUCACAACCGAACAACAGUUAUUAUCAAGAUAUUGUUGAAAAGGAUAUCGCAUCUACAAAAAUAUUACUUCAAAUUGCUAGCGGUAUACCAACCCUUAUAACGGCACCUAUUAUUGGUGCAUGGUCUGAUGGAAGCGGAGGUCGGCGUCGACCGUUAUUAAUUGGAUUAUUCGGUCUUUUGCUCUACUCACUGCUACAAUUCGCCUCUACCAUAUUCUAUAAAUCAGUUAAUGUUUAUACAAUACAGUAUCUAGCUGAGUUGACAAUAGGAUUUUCCGGUGGAAUCGCAACUAUCUUCACGGCAUCGUUUGCAAUCGUAACUGACGACUCAAGACAUCAAAUGGCUCCAGGUACCAACAAAAUCCCACUCCGAAUCGCCAUUGCAAGUGCUUUGCAAUCGCUCGGUCUCGUGGCCGGUAACAUGAUAGCGUCUGUCUUCUCGAUAUCACCAGCAGUCUCAAUUCAACUACACGAAAUCGGAUACGUUAAAAGCACCGCCAUUUCGUUCACAGUUGUUCUUGUGGCUAUACUCUAUACAUUAUUGUUUGUUCGAGAAACAUAUCAGAAUCAAUUCAUUCCCGUGCAAGAAAUAAUGAAUACGUACAAUGACAAAUGCUUGAAUGCUUCAGGCACCGGUUCGCUGUCCAUUCGUCGACCUACGCUUCAUUUGAGUGAUGCUUCGACGCCAACCACUACGGGUAGUCCAAGGCGAAAUUAUUGGAAAUCGUUCAAGUUGUUCUUCUAUGAUCUCGUUGAAGUAGUUGCUGCGCCCAGGCAUGGAUGGGCCAGAUUUUGCUUGAACCUUUCAAUAUGCUUCACUUUUGUUGAAUUUUUAGCGAUAGGCAUUAUGAGUUCUUUGAUCAAACGUUUGCAAAAUAUCAGUAAUGUCAGUGCAAAAGCAGAAAUACAACUGAUCAUCAAGAUGCUUUGGAAUAAUACCAUGAAGUAUAACAGCUGUUUAAUUGUAAGAUUCAUUCUCAUUUCAGCCGGAUCAUUCUCAUGUUUUGCUGGUGCGAUAGCACCAGGCUAUCGGUCGUUCUUACCGAGAUUUGUCGCUAAAGAAGAAACCGCUAGACUCUUCGCUAUUUUCGGUAUUGUUAUGGUAUUUUGUCCCAUUCUCUCAGCAUUCGUUUUCAACAAUAUCUUCAACGCAACCAUUGACAUGUGGCCUGGAUUCGCAUAUCUUGUGGGCGCACUCUUCCAAUUAAUUGUUUUUGUCGGGCAAAUUAUAAUCCAUCGACUGAUGAUGCCACAAUGGCGAGAAGAACGGAAUGAAUUGAACGGAGCCGAGCAGGAAAGCCUACUUCGGAAUGAGGAUGAUGAAGACGAUGAGCCGGAUGGACCAGAAUCACAACGACGAAAUCUCGUUGAUCCGAAUAGUGCAGAUGUUGGAUCAGUAAUGAAUCGAUCCCUGUCAAACACCGCCAUCCAUUCGUCGAAUGCAAGUCCAGGAGCGAGCAGCAACGAUACCGGCAGUCCCUUGUUAACUCAAGAUUGUGAUCAACAACAAAUUAACCAAACAAUAUAA